AGUGAUUAAAUUUGCACAAAAUAACGGAACAGCAUAAAUAAAUGCAACAGAUAGACUACUAGUUAAUUACAGAAAUCGUGUUUGUUGGCCGCGAUGAUCGUCAAAUUUACAUUUUAUUUAUUACUCGGCCAUUUUGUGGUUUCCCAAGUGAUAUACGAUGCGUAUUUCGGAAAACCAGUUAAGGAUGAAAGGGGAAAGCUGUUGGAAAGCUUGAAUUUGACUACGCAAUGCACAGUGCGGGUGCAACCAUGCGACGAGCACGAGGGUCGGCGCAUCGACGGCACCUGCGUGAACCCCAAGUACCCCUCCCGAGGCGCCUCCCCUACCCCCAUGCUAAGGCUGAGGUCAGCCAAGUUCGGACUCGGUAAUAGCUUACGACCUGCCAUGAACGGCUCCGAGCUACCAUCAGCUCGUCUGCUGCGCACCAAGAUCCUGAGUGAUGGCUUCCCAGAAGACUACCAGUUCAAUACCCUGGCCACUCACGUGUUCGUCUUCUCCAUCGUGGAUGUUGCUGACUUGACGGUGCUGCUUCGCUACGCUAUCGCCAGCGACUGCUGCCUGGGCAACACGCCCAACCGAGUCAAUCCUCUUUGCAUACCCAUACCAGUUCCUCAAGACGAUCCCUACCUUCGGAGAACUGGCAUCAGGUGCAUGAACCUUACCAGAUUCUCCACGUUUCAAGAGAUGGGCUGCAUACCCAACACCCUUCCUGCUGAACGAUACAAUCUACCAACUCCGUUAGAAGACCUGUCAAUUGUAUACGGCUAUACCGACGCUCGGGAGAGACAAAUAAGAACAUACCAAGGAGGACUGCUGAAGUCUGAAGAAAGAGACGGCGUGGAGAGACCACCGGGCACUUCUGCUAUUUGCGUUAAUAACCGAAGACCUAUUGAGAACGCCUGCUAUGAAUUUGGUGACUUCUAUGACGGGAACGUCCUAUCUGGCAUAUACCUAACUGCGAUGUGGUUCUACCGGGAACACAACAGGUUGGCACGUAAGUUGGCAGUGAUCAACCCCUGCUGGGAUGACCAGAAGCUGUUUGAGACCGCUCGCCAGAUCAAUAUAGCUCAAUGGCAGUAUAUGCUGUAUUAUGAACUGAUGGCAGAUAUCUUAGGUCGAAAGAAUGCCCUGGAGACUGGAGUAAUAUACGAGACGACUGGCUACGUCAAUGAUUUUGAUGAGCACUCCAAGCCGGGAGUAUACCACGAGUAUCUGAUUGGAACACGCUGGUUCCAUACCUUCCAGGAUGGAAGGACCGACCUAUACAGCAAGAAGGGUAAAUACCUUGGCACCCGCACCACAGUUGACGAUGAGUUCAGGAGCGGUAUCCUUGAGGUGAAUAACACUGAAGCAGACCUGACACAGGGUGCUUUCAGACAGAGAGCGGCCAAGUUUGAUUACACCAUUGAACCUGAUAUAGCGGAGCGUGUCUUCGGAGAAUUACAAUCAGCUUCAGAUCUCAGCGCUAUUGACAUCAUGAGGGGUCGUGACCAGGGCUUACCUCCGUACAACGAAUACAGGAAGAUAUGCGGCUUGCCUGUAGCUCACAAGUUUAAGGACUUCGAAGAUACCAUCUACGCUGACAAAGUGGAACAACUCCGUCGUAUCUAUGACAAUGAAGUCGAUGAUAUGGAGCUGAUGGUAGCCAUAUACAGUGAGAAGCUGCUGCACGGUGCCUGGGUGGGACCGACCCUGUUCUGCAUCAUGGUGGAGAAUCUCGUCAACUGGAGAAGAUCCGACAGGCAUUUCUUUGAAAAUGGACAAACUCACUCUGCUUUAACUCUUUCCCAACUGAACGAAGUAAGGACUACCAGUGUAGCUCGGCUGCUUUGUGACAACGGCGAUGGCGUAGAAGAAAUACAGCCCAAAGCUCUGCUUAACGUCAGCAAAAAGAACAAAAUAGUGCCGUGCGAUCACAUACCGGGUAUGGACCUUAAUAAAUGGCUGGAUCCUACAUGUCACCUGGAUAAGAAAGACCAACAUGACCACGUGACGAAGAAGGACCAGCAUAGCUAUGACUGGAAGACUAAUAGUUAUAAUCCAAUGUGGGAUGGAAUUGGGUAUGGGUAUAAAAAGAAGUAGUCCAGAAAAUCAGAAUAAAUGAAUUUUUUUU